UAAUUUGCAAUUUGGGCUACUGAGCAAUUGUGUUCCGGUUUCAGCGCAAAGAGGGAGGGAGCCACUCUGAACCAAACCGUUACUCUUAACAAACAGUACAAAACAAAACAAAACCGUCAACACAAAGUCACACACAAUUCACCGAUUUUAGUUUCAACUUGACACAGAUUAUGGGUAAUGAUGAAAUAAGAAGAAGAAACAAAGGGUACUGUGAGCUGAAGGAUUUGUGUUUGGAUUUUGAUGAAUAUGAUGGAACUUUCUCUUUCUGCUUUUGGAUUUAUCUCAUCAAAUCAACUACAUUCCCUGCCACCAUUCUUCAUCAGAUUCACUCUGACAUUUCCGAAAGUGCUCCUUUUCUCGUUAUUAACGAUAAUAAGAGAAUCAAUGUUUUGCCUGUUCUUUACUUACAUGAAGAAGCUCCUGUUACUUGCAUGGGUCCUUGGACAGAAGUUCCACAUGUUACUGUUGAUUUUGAGUUUCCUUUGGAAAAAUGGGUUCAUGUUGGAUGUGAGGUUUGUCCAAAUUAUAUUCGGCUUCACAUUAAUGGGGAGAUUGUAGGAGAAAAGUCACUGUCUUCCUUAUUACAUAAGGAAUCCAAUUCAAGUAAUUUGAAGGAAAUACAUUUGGCCAAUCUUUGUGGAGACAGUAGUGAUGUGCAGGGUUAUGUGCACAAUUAUGAAGGAUUCCAUACUUUUUCUUCUAUCAAAGAUCAUCAUUUAAAGGACCCUCCUCUGAAGUUAUCAAUAGAUGAAUCAUCCAUCUCUGAGGUUGAAGAAGAAAGUGAUGGUGUUUGGGGCAUUGUUGGUGGUAAAGCAUCUUGUCGCAGGAAUGUCUCUUUAGACGUUGUUUUAUCAGAUGCAUUUGGACAGCCUGUUGAUAUGGAGAAUGAGGUUUUUGCUUCACUUGUGUAUGCUGACACGGGGGCUCCAGUUGAGAAUACAACUGAUGACGAAGCACCCCUUUUGUCUAGCUAUGAUGGAAUUGAAUUUUCUUCUUGUGAAAGGCCUAGUAAAUUUUUGUUGGGUCGUGCAUCAUUUAAGCUCAGGAUAUCUCAGCUUUCAUCCAAGUGUGAUAGCAGGUUGUUCCUCAUCAGAUUUUGUGUUCCAAAAUUAGGAGAUUAUCCUUUCCUUCAGACAAACACCCGUCCGAUUCGAUGCAUCUCCAGGAGCCGUAACACAAAAUUAUCCACGCUGGUGUGGAAAAAGUCAACUUAUGCUCUUGAAAGACUCAAUUUGUCCCAAUCUUCAGCAAUUGAUGACGUGUCAUUGGAAAGUAUGAAUUCUGGUCACGAAGAAAAAACCAACCCACUGAUGAAGAGGUUUAGAGUUGGACUUGACAAGAUAUCUGUAUCAGUUAAGGCCAACCCCACCUUAAAGCAAUCUGGUGUAGAAUGUAGUAAUUCUCAUGUAUGGACUGCUAAUCAGGUUGAGAAGGGGUUUCCAAAAAGCUUGGAUGGCAGAUCUCUUAACUUUGAAGAAGCAGAUGUCUCUCCAUCUGAAUCAUCAGAGAGUACAGGGGAGAGAUAUUCACCUUCAAAUAGCCUGGAAAGUAGAAGAUAUCAAAUAUCGGAUAUGACCAUUUUCAAAUACUGUCUGGCAGGCUUGGCCGAGAGAUCUCAGAUGCUUAAAGAAAUUGCCAUCUCUGCUUCAGACAGAGAAAUUUCAGAGCUGGCUCAUAGUGUUUCACACUUUUCAGGAUGUUCCCACCAUGGAAACCAAAUAUUAAUUUCCAAGAGAUUGAUAGAAGAUGGAACUAAUCUUUGGUUGGCAAUGUCUCCAAACAACCACCCCAUUCCUUGGAAGAGCGCUGUGUAUGAGGUUGAAGAGCAGUUCAUGAAGAUUGCUUCUUGUGGGUCAAGAUCUCUCUCUCAGCAGGACAUUGAGAUUCUAAGAAGCAUUGCGGGAUGUCAAGAGUAUCUAUCACUAGAGAACUUUGAGAAGUUAUGGUGCUGGUUGUACCCUGUAGCGUGUGUAAUAUCCAGGGACUGGGUAAAUGCUAUCUGGAAUUCCAUGUCACCUAAAUGGAUUGAAGGAUUCAUCACCAAGGAGGAGGCAGAAGCUUCACUUCAAGGUCCUGGAGGAUUUCAAGAACGUGGUACUUUUAUACUUCGGUUCCCCACCUCAAGAAGCUGGCCCCACCCAGAUGCCGGUUGCCUAAUUGUUACAUAUGUUGGGAAUGACUACAAACUUCGCCACAAACUACUUUCGAUGGAUCAUAUAUAUGGCUCUGAUAAUCAAAGAAUAGAUGCAAAACCAUUGCAAGAUAUGCUACUGGCAGAACCUGAGCUGUCCCGUUUGGGAAGGAUAAUGAGAAGUUAUUAAGCACACUUUCAUUUGCAUUACGGCAGAAUGUCCCUUAAUUUCCGAUCAAAGUUGCCUUUGAAGGUUGUAUUGGGAUUAUAGAUUCACAAAGGAGGAUACCACAAUGGAGGAUAGGGUUCUAGGUUGAGUUUGAAUUACUCUCUCCGUUCCUUUUUAAGUGUCUUUUUUGAAGAAAUUUUUUGUUCCUAUUUAACCGCCACUUUUAAAGUUCAAUGCAACAUUAAAUGUUGUUUUACCAA